AUCAUAGCUUAUUGUUGAGCUUAAUCAAGACCACAUAAACUCAACGCGAUCAACUCCCUAUACACAACAACCGGCACAUCCACACCGUCAACAUGAGCUCUACCGAGAACACCGAGCCCAAGGUCGACGAGACCAAGCCCCAGGACACCUCUGCUCCUGCCGCGGCCGCUCCCCUCGAGGCCACCAAGGCCACCGAGGACGCCAAGCCCUCUGUCACCUCCUCCUCCGUCUUCUCCAUGUUCGGCGGCGGCGCAAAGAAGGAGAAGAAGGACGACGACGAGGACCGUGGCGACAACUCUGGCAGUGCCAAGGCCCAGCGCGAGGCUGCCGCUGCCACCAAGGGCAACGACGAUGAGGCCCCCGAGUCCGAAGACGUCCACUUCGAGCCCGUCGUCAAGCUGACCGAGCAGGUCGACGUCAAGACCAACGAGGAGGCCGAGGAGCAGCUUUUCAAGCUGCGCGCCAAGCUCUUCAAGUUCGUCCGCGAGACCAGCGAGUGGAAGGAGCGUGGCACUGGCGAUGUGCGUCUGCUCAAGCACAAGGAGAACGGAAAGACCAGACUCGUCAUGCGCCGCGACAAGACCCUCAAGGUUUGCGCCAACCACUACAUUGUCCCUGACAUGAAGCUGUCCCCCAACGUUGGCAGUGACCGAUCUUGGGUCUGGAAUGCCGCCGCUGAUGUCAGCGAGGGAGAACCCGAGGCUGUUACGCUUGCCAUUCGUUUCGCCAACUCUGAGAACGCCAACCAAUUCAAGGACGCUUUCAUCAAGGCCCAGAAGGAAAACGAGGCUCUGUUCGGCGAGUCCCAGUCCGCGUCCGCCAAGGAGGACGAGGAGUCCACCGCAUAAGUUGCCCUGCGAUAAGAAUUAUCGUCAAAGAGGGGACAGAUAUGGUCGACGAGUUUAACAAAAAAGAAACUCCACCUCGGCAGCAUCGCAUGCUGAGACCUUCCGGCGCGAAGGCCGUCGACGUCAAAUAAUGGAUCCAACCUUGUGGUGCCAUUGGACUGGGCGAGAAAUUACCCUACUGAAGAG